ACCGUGUUUAUAUUAAUUAUAUUAAACAUGGUUGCAUGAUUCUCUUAUACUUCUAGUCUAGAUCAUUGAAGUGUGUUCAUAGCACCUUCGUACGUCCUUCUAUGAAAAACAUCUUAUAGAAGGAAGAGAAACCACAUGAAAAAACAAAUAUAUCCCUUCAUCAAUUAGCUAAUUACCCAUUUAGGCAUUUACAAAUUAAACCUCUUUCAAAACCUUAAAAUACUAUGGUUUCCAAAUCAGCAUUGUAUCAAUGCAUUUUGAUAUUAUGUUUAGGAAUACCAUUAAUUGUAGUUGCAUCUUCAUCAGUUGAUCUUACGACGCAUAUACCAAUAGCAAAGCUUGGGUGCCAGGAAACCUGUAAAAAUUCAACCAUCAAAAUUCCAUAUCCAUUUGGCAUUGGCACCAAUUGCUACUAUGAUCCAUGGUACGAAAUCGUUUGCAAUGUAUCAUCAUCUUCGUCUUCUUCUUCUUCUCCUUCAGGUGUUGAAAGACCGAUUCUAAAAGCUUUCAACGUCGAGAUUUUGAGUCUAAGAAGCUGUUUAAGUGGUAACUGUGAUGUCUCUGAUUUAAGACUAGAAAUUGCAACUCCAUGGAAAAAUAUAUGUACUUCGGAAAAACAAGUCAUAAUGGACAUGGAUAAGAGCCCUUUUAGGAUGUCAAGUAUAGGAAACAAAUUGGUAGUCAAGGGUUGUCCAAGUGUUUCCACUCUAAUGGAUAGAAAAGGGGAAACAGUUGGAAGAUGCACUUCAGUUUGCGAAGGAAGUAACAACAGCAGUACUUCAGGUGAUCAGAGAAAUAGCAGCAGCAGUUGUGAUGGACUUGGGUGUUGUACGAUAUCACUAGACGAUAAUCAACCAUAUCUGGGCCUUGAUUUUUAUCAGAUAGCUUUAGGAAAUAGUUCGAAUUCGAAUAGAGCAAAUCAAACUUGUGUCGAGUUUGCGUUAGUGGAAUGGUUAAUAAUGCCAGAGGAGGAUACUGAUGUUUAUGAUAAUCUCCCAAGAGACAAUCUAGUGCCGACUGAACUGCACUGGAUGCCCCCGGCUUUACUUGAAGAAAUUUUUGUUAGUAGCAAAAAUCACAAGAGUAGUGAUUUCUCUUGUAAACCCUUUUGUGGUGUAUAUGAUGAAAUUCAAUGUGUUAAUAUCUGUACCUGCAACGAUGGUUUUGAAGGAAAUCCGUACAUUCCUAAUGGUUGUCAAGAUCCGUGCAAAGUGGGUUCCAACCAUUCAUCCCUCAACUGCGAAAGAAGGGCAUUAGCAAUAACUUCAAAGCCGGUUCUAGGACUUAUGAUAGUUUUGGGGUUAGUGAUCUUGCUUCUUCUUUGCUAUGGCACAUACCGUCUAGUUAAGAGAUGGAGGAAAAUCAAGCAAAGAAAUAAAUUCUUUAAAAGAAAUGGCGGUUUACUAUUACAACAACAGAUGAUCUCUGAAGGUGGUGUUGUAGAGAGUACUAGAAUCUUCACAGCACGUGAAUUGGAGAUAGCCACUGAUAAUUUUAACUCGAAUAGAGUCCUCGGGCAUGGUGGUCAUGGUACAGUCUACAAAGGCAUGUUGCUUGACGGAAGAGUGGUGGCCGUUAAGAAGCCUACAAAGGUAGAUACAAAUCAAUCUGAUCAUUUCAUAAAUGAGGUAGUUAUUUUGUCUCAGAUCAACCAUAGAAAUGUGGUUAAAUUACUAGGAUGUUGCUUAGAGACAAAAGUUCCUUUACUGGUUUAUGAGUUUAUAACAAAUGGGACACUUGCUAAGCAUAUUCAUAAUCCUAGUGAAGACUUUCAAAUUACUUGGAAUAUGCGUGUGCAAAUUGCUGCUGAAACGGCAGGUGCUCUUGCAUAUUUGCACUCAUCGUCUUCUACACCUAUAUAUCAUAGAGAUAUCAAAUCUUCCAAUAUACUUUUAGAUGACAAAUACAGAGCAAAAUUAUCAGAUUUUGGUACUUCAAGGGCGAUGAUGGUUGAUCAAACGCACUUGACUACACGAGUACAAGGCACAUUUGGGUAUGUGGAUCCAGAGUACUUCCAAACCAAUCAAUAUACUGAAAAGAGUGAUGUUUAUAGCUUUGGAGUAGUUCUUUGUGAACUUUUAACAAGUGUAAAGCCAGUCUCUAGGACUGAAACCGGAGGAUGGAAAGGGUUGGUAAAUGAGUUUCUUUUCCACUUUGAAACAUCAUAUUCAGAUUUACACAAAAUUCUAGAUGCUCAAGUUAUAGACAAAGCCAAUGAAGAAGAGGUGAUAAUGGUAGCAAAUCUUGCGAAACGAUGCUUGAAUUUGAGAGGAAAGGAAAGGCCUACAAUGAAAGAAGUUGCAAGUAUAUUAGAAGGAAUCAGAUCAUUCAAUGUGCCACCUGCUUUAGAAUUAGAGCUGAAAACUUUGAAGAAGGGUGAUGUGAUUAUGGAAGUGGGAAACAUAAAUGAUGACUAUGUGAGUUCGACCACUUCUUCAGAGGAGAAGAUUGUAAGCGCUUCGACCUCUUUCGAGAUCCAACCAUUUGUAUACAAUUCUGUAUAAUUGUUGCUAAAAAGGCUACUCCAUCUACUUUUUACCAAGUUGUAAUUCUGAUUAAUGAUUUCUACUUUUGCCUUUGAUUGUCAGCAUUGUGCAAAGAAAAAACCAUGUUUAUAUAGUUAAGUUUUACAUACCUUCUAAAUAGUGGUAUCUCUUUUUAGACACAACUAACUGUGACAACAUUAGCAGUUAGAACAGUCAACGCAAUAUCCUGCAAAUAAAUUCUUUAUAUCCCAAAUAAUGCACCGAAUUUAAAAGUUCAAUUUUUUUUUUUUUUUGUCAAGAGGAAUACAUUCAUGCAAAAUAAAUGUUAAACUCAAGAGAAUAUUGGAGAAAACGGCUUAGCUUGUAUUGAUCAUCACACCAACAAUAUAUACGUACAAUACAAGGAAACCUAAAACUCCUAAAAGAUAUACUCCUAAAACAUAGGAUAUAUAUUCCAAAUAUACAAGAUAUACCAAAUAUACAAACCCGACUCAUAAUACUUCCCCUCAAGUUGGAGCAUGUAAAUC